CCUUGAUGACGUCACGCGACUUCGCGCGAGAGUUGGAGCGGCCGGUUGACGGAAAGAGGCAGCGAGUCUGGGUAACUGGUACGGCAGCCCGGAGACCAUGGACGAUACUUUGUUUCAAUUACGGUUUACAUCAAAACAACUGGAGCGAUUGGCGAAGAAGGCUGAAAAAGACUCAAAAGCCGAACAAGCUAAAGUGAAGAAGGCUCUUCAGCAAAAAAACAUCGAAGGAGCAAAGAUCUAUGCAGAAAAUGCCAUCAGAAAGAAAAAUGAAGGUCUGAACUGGUUACGGACAGCUUCCCGAGUUGAUGCAGUAGCGUCGAAAGUGCAGACAGCAGUAACGAUGAAAGGGGUUACAAAGAAUAUGGCACGUGUUACACAAGGACUGGAUAAGGCAUUGAAGUCAAUGGACUUACAAAAAAUUUCUGCUGUAAUGGACAAAUUUGAACAACAAGUUCAAAAUCUAGACGUGCACACUUCAGUGAUGGAAGACUCUAUGAGCUCUGCAACAACGUUAACUACUCCUCAAGAACAGGUUGACAGCCUCAUUUUGCAGAUUGCAGAGGAGAAUGGUUUGGAGGUCAUGGACCAACUGAAUCAACUUCCAGCAGGUGCAACAUCCCUUGGUGAAUCCUCAGUACGUGACCAGGACAAGGAGGACCAGCUUUCAAGAAGGUUGGCUGCUUUGAGGAAUUGAAGGUGGGAUCAACAUACUGUAUAUUCCUGGAUGACAACAUAUAAUCUGCAUUAUCUUGCGCUGUCCUAGUGACAGCAAAAUGUACAAUAUGUAUAAUGUUCAAAAACACAUACUGUCACUUUUUAGAUUGAUAUGCUACUCUUAAGCCUGGAGAUAUUUUUAAAAAAUGGUACAUUAAUAUCUGUAUACCUCUAAACUUGCACCCUUUUAAGUUGAUAUUGCCAUUAUUGAAAUUAAUUUGAGUUCAAUGUUUCAUUAACAUGUACAUAUGCAAAUUGUUUGUAAUUAUGCUUUAGAUCUGCAGAGAAUGUACUGUCGUCAGUUACACACCUGGUCUCAGCUCUGAGACCGGCAUGACUUGAAUACUUCAAGAUCAUAUUUUCCCAAAUCACAGCUCUUUUUGGAAAUGUUGUAAGAAUUUAAUUAUGAAGACUACUGAUAUGGUGAAUUUUACAAAGAAAGGAAACACUAAACAUCCAAGGACUUAAUGUUUGCUUAAAAUAUUUUGAAGUGGAUUUGUCCUACAGGACAUGUUAGCUUGCUGUGAAUCUCACUUCUGCUAUGACCUAGAGGCCCAAAUGAAGAGGUGAUGGAUUCUUCUUAUCUGUUCUAGUAAAAUGGGAUUGUUGGGCUAUUCUGCUAAGGUUUACAUUUGGUUGAUAAAUUUGUUUAGAUCUAGAGAACUUAAGGAAACUACUGACAGAUUGUACAAGUGUACUUGCAGUCUCUAAUAUGAUAAGUACUUAUCCAGUAAUACUAUUGGUCUGAUAACCAUUCAAGAAAACUUACAAGAACUGCAGGUCCAUAAGCAGUUAAAAUUCUGAUCUUUCUUAAAGUGCCUCUUAAUAUCCAUUUUGUUUUUGCCUAAUGCUCCCUGAAUUAGUAUUAGUCAUGUAACUGCAUACUGAUUGCAUUUAACCUAUUUUUUUCUAAAGUAGCUCAAGUCUUUCAACAUGAGCAAAAGAUGGUGUUCAGUGUAAAUAAUUUGCAUUGGCCUAGUAAACCGUAAUUUGAAAGUGAUUUCAGACUUGGAGGGAAAUUAAAUCAGUAAUAAAAAUUGCAAUGCUAUUCUCUGAGUUCAAGAUGGCAAUAGCCAUGGAAUGAUACAUUAUAAAGGUGCUUUUAGAAAUUAUCCAUAAAGAUGUACACAUUGUGGAAGGCUUAAUGUCAUGUUGGAAAUACACAAUUUAUCCGUUCUGACAUACUAUACUAUAUUAUGUAGUUAAAAUGCCUCACUCCUACAUAACAAGCCUUGUAAGAAAUGUCUGAAAUCAAAAAAACUACUGUGCAACAUUGAUUUUUGUUCAUCUAUAUGCAUGUGAAAAAUUCUGUAAAUUCAUUCAGUUGUUUCAGUAAUCCAUUUCUUUUAAAAAAACUAAUCAAAUUGUAAUACAACAAAAACUGUUUCAAUGCUGGAAAUCAAUGGUCAAAGAUUUUAGGACCAAUUAUAUUAAUACAGCAUAUUGUAUAUCUUCAAAGAUUACAAUCUAGACAAAUCUCUUGAAAAUCAAUUAUAGUUUUGCUGAGCUGAACUUUUAUUAAGUAUGUAAAACAAACUGCUUGAUCAGCUAACUUAAGAAAAAUAGCAUUGUGUCAAAUCAACAACUGUUUGUUCGACUUUAAUUUUCCUGUUGGUGUAAUUGAGCUAUAAUAUUGCCUUUGAAUUAUCCUGAUACAAUCCAUUUCCAGUGGUGCCUAUGUUAUUAAUGAUGCUGAUAUAAACUAAAUAAUAUCAAACUCUACUUGCUCCAUGAAGAUAAUUGAAUCCUCAAGCAUGUGGAUCUGUGAUGCCUAAAUACAGGAAAAUGCUUUAAAGUACUCCUCCUACAGUUCAUUCUUGUACUUCUAAUUAUUUACAGCAGGGGUUCCCAUCCUGGGCUCCACAGACCCCUCAGUUAUCGGCAGGUGUCCAUAGCAUUAAAAAGUUUGGGGACCCCUGAUUUAUAGUAAUAUACAUUUUUUUGUGAUUUAGAAACCUCCAAACAUUUGAAGAUAUGCCUGGUUCAUUUUAGUUAAUACUCAUUUUAAAUGUAUUCUGUUGAUGUACAGUGUGGUUGCGUGUAAUAUAUUGGUUGUUUAAGGCUCUUAUCUUUGCCAAGAUUUUUUUGAUUAAUGUGGAAGGUGACAUUUGAAAUUUUGCUUCUAAUGUUUAUAUUUUGAAAUA